GUCUGGGCAAGGUCCUGUGUCUUUCCCAUUAGGGUGUUUAAUUCCAUGUUGGUGCAGUUGCCUGCAUUUGAAUGAGUGUGCCCCUAUGGCCGGACAUUGGCAUCUGUACAGUUGUGUGACCAGUAAUAGGUGGUGUGACUGCAAAAGGUUGUAGAUUUUGUAUGGUCCUUUGUGUGGCUGUGGCUGUGGCUGUGUCUAAUGUUAGCUGUGUGAAGAACUACAUCAUUGUGUGUUUGUAAAGGGCUGUAAGCCACUGGGUUAUAUACCUUUGUGUCUGAGGCUGCAUCUAUGUUUGACAGGAUUGUGUGACUGCAUCUUCUAUAGUUUUGUGACCACAUAUCCCAGAAUGCCCUUGUGUCUGUUUAGUUGUAGCUAAACCACGCCACUAUAAUUGUCUGAUUGUAUGUGAUUGGGUAAUUCCGUGUGCUUAUGAAUUCUAUGUCUAAGGGAUUAUGUGACUACAACAUUGUGUAACUAAACAGCACAUGGUUGUAUCUUCCUGACUACAAGGUUUAUGGGAUGCACAGACAAGUAUAUGGCAGGGUCUACAUGGUCAGUGUGGCUGAGGUGACCAGGAAUUUGUGGCAUUAUGUAACUGCAUGUUACAUAUGUCACAUAUGUAAAUGUAUGUGUGAACUAUAUGUCUCUGAUGUGUGCUCACGUUGCCCACCCCGGGACCCCAGGGCACCACAGUGGAGGUCCUGGUGCAGCACCUUGGAUCCUGGCCCCUUGUGGGACAGAAAUCAGGCAGUAGCAGGACCAGGGCCAGUGUUGGAGUGGGUCUCCAGCAAGCCGGGUGCUUCCUGUGUUCCAAUCCAAUGGUUUCAUCCCAUCCAGGUGAGGCGGCCGACUUCUCCCCAGACCCAGCUGUAGUGGCACCAGCUUCAGCCUCCACACAGCCACUCCCCGCAGUGCUCCCUGGGAGCACGCAGUAGGCAGUGGAGGCUGAUGAGCAGGGGCCCCUCCUGCCGUGGGGCUCAGACCCUGAAAGUUCAUAACCCAGGCAAUUUCAAGGCAAGCUAACGUGAAGCCCCAGCGUCUAGCCCUGCCACUCACCAGGGACAGAGCUUUGGCUGUGCUGGGCCCCCACCUGAUAGCAGCCUCCACCGUCUGGGGUGUCUGAUAAUGCUUGGCCUGGCAGGGAGCUUGUGCCAAGUCCCGCCAUCAGCACGGCUGUUUCUGUUUUGGGGGAGGGGGAGAGGGAGGGGUGUGCAGGGCCCCAGUUGAGGGAGAGGGGGAUCUGGAAGCCCCUUCCCAGAACCCCCAUUCCGCCUGUCACCCCCUCUCCAGGUAGGUAAAUGAGAGGCCUCCAAGUCUUUCCUUCUUUGGGGGAGCCAGUACUUCAUUUUAUGUAACACUCGAACCCCCAAACCUCUGGACCCCUAGUCCCUGAACAUCUGACUGAGCUUUGGCUGCAGGGUCAGUCUCUAAGGCGCUGUGCCAAACAGGCCAAGGCAAGUUCUGUUCCCCAGAAAUGGUGACACCCCCCGCCUUGCCUGACCCUUAUCAGGGGUUGCAGCCAAUCAGCUGAGAGCAGAGAGGAGCCUUCCAAGGGGCCAUCAGAGCCUCAGAGCCCACGAGGCCACAAGGGAGAGGAGACCUGAGGCCCUUGGGUGGGCACCAGCCAGCCAUGGCCACAGCUGACACCACCUUGCCUUCCAUCAGUACGCUGACUGCCCUCGGCCCCUUUCCAGACACACAGGAAGACCUCCUCAAGUGGUGGCGCUUUGAGGACGUGCAGGACUUGGGCCCAGGUCCCCCGGACCAGACUCGGCCGCUCCUCCACGUGAGGCCCAAGUUGGAGGACGCGCCUGGGGAGAGAGAAGACGACGAGAGGGAUCCGGCCACUGCCUGGGACCUGGAUCUCUUCUUCACCAACCUGUCGGGCACAGAGAGCCAGGGGCGGCGGGGUGGGAGGCGGGUGGAGGCAGAGAGAGCGCCUGGAAAAUCUGAGCUACGUUUCAGGGAACUGACGGGGGAGAAGCCAUACGCCUGCACGUGGGACGGCUGCGGCUGGCGGUUCGCGCGCUCAGACGAGCUGACCCGCCACUACAGGAAACAUACGGGACAGCGCCCCUUCCGCUGCCAGCUCUGCCCUCGGGCUUUUUCUCGCUCGGAUCACCUGGCCUUGCACAUGAAGCGUCACAUUUGAGCCACCACCACCACCACCCCCGGCACUUGGACCUUCCUGGGGUCUGGGGAUGGAACAGGAUCAGAUCCACGCAGGGCGGUUUCCCUCGGAUGGACCCUGGCCCGGACUCUCGACCCACAGAUCCCCAGGAAGAACAAGGACUGGCCCAUAGGCAGACCUGGGGGAGCUCCCACAUGUCCUGAGCCACAGGGAGCCACACAGAGACUUCCCAGGGUCACGUAGACCCAACGAGACAGGCUUCCAAAUAAAUGGACUCAGAUGGACACUCAAACACUUGAGACAGACCCUUGGAGAGCUGGACCCUCAGACCAGCUCACAGGCGGCCUUGGACAGCGGAAGGGGUUAUGGAGUGAGGCUUCUCAGAGACUCUGGUUCUAGAAGGGGUCUUCACGCUGUAACGUCCCAGCUCCGCAUAGUGGCUGGCAUCUGUUGUGAAUGGUUAUGGGUCCUGUACCAAUGCUCUUCCUAGAUAAAGCUUCAGCUGUGGCCUGGA